UCUGCGAACGCACGCAAAGUGGACCUACAAGUUCAGAAGUGAGAAGGUUAAGUCCCUUAUAGUUCACUCACAAUGAAGUCCUUUCUCCAAUGUUCAGCCUUCGUCGCCUACGUUCUUUUGGUUUCUUCUCAAGACCUCAACCUCUGUCCCAAGACGGAUGCUCAACUCAACGUUCUUUUCAACUGCGUUCGCGGAAAAGCGACCGAUGAUUUGAAAUUCGGCUUGCAUCAACUCCAGGAAUUGACACAUUGCAGCAACGACGUUUGUUCUGUUCGGGUCCUUUGCAUGUAUCCACGCUUUGAGGAGCAACUUAAGGAUUAUCUCACUCAAAGAGAGUACCAAGAACUGAUCGAACUUGUGCGGCAGUGCCAGCAACAUUCCAUGCCAGCCGCCGAGGAGAUGAAGGAGACUGGGCUCGUCCACUGGACCCUGUCCUUCUUCCACUGAACGCAGCCACCCCAAGCUUCCGCUUAUGUCCUGCUGAGACAUGUCAAAAGUUUGCGUCAUAAAACCCGCACAUAAAAAUAAAAAUAUGUUCCAAAGAAUAGUGGGGUGUAGAAAAUA